ACAAAGAAAUACAGAUAACAGUUACAAAUACUUCUACAUAAAUUGAGUACCGUUGAUAAAGAUUCCUAAUUUAGGUUCUUCCCCCAUAAACAGAAAAAAUGGCAUCGUUAAUAAAAUCCUUCCCGCCAAAUCAAAUACCAGUAACCUCAACCUCCAAAAUUCAGCAUAAAUCUUGGUAUUCAACAACCCUUACUAAUUUACCUAAGCGAAGAAGAAACUUAUUCAUAGUCUGUGCUGCAAACCCAGAUGAUUACAAUGCUACACUCAAAGCUCUCAAUUCCAGGAAACGUUUUCCCAGAAAAUCUCUGGGUCAGCAUUAUAUGUUGAAUUCUACCAUCAAUGAUCAGCUUGCAGUUGUUGGUAAUGUGAAAGAUGGGGAUUUGGUGCUUGAGAUUGGACCCGGCACUGGUUCCUUGACAAAUGUUCUUAUUGAUGCCGGUGCUACUGUCCUAGCCAUUGAAAAGGAUCCUUACAUGGCUGCUCUUGUCAAGGACCGAUUUGCAGAUACAAACCGCCUAACGGUUCUACAAGAAGACUUCACAAAAUGUCAUAUACGUUCCCAUAUGUUAUCUUUGCUGGAAAGGAAAAAUUUGGCUGGUACGGGGAAAAGGCAUGCCAAAGUUGUGGCAAACAUACCUUUCAACAUCAGUAAAGAUGUGGUGAAGCAGCUUCUUCCUCUCGGUGAUAUUUUUUCAGAAGUUGUUCUUUUACUUCAGGAUGAGACAGCUAUCCGGUUGGUUGAAUCAUCUUCAAAACCGUCAGAGUACAGGCCUAUAAAUAUAUUUGUGAAGUUCUACUCAGAUCCAGAGUACAAAUUUCAAGUUCCGAGGGCAAAUUUUUUCCCUCAACCCAAGGUUGACGGUGCCGUUGUUUCCUUCAAACUUAAGCAACCUUCAGACUAUCCCUCUGUUCCAUCAAUUAAAAGCUUCUUCUCAUUGGUUAGUUGUGCAUUCAACGGAAAACGUAAAAUGUUGAGGAAUACACUUCAGCAUUUAUCCACACCGUCAGAGGUUGAAGAAACGUUAAGAACUCUGGGUCUUCCAACCACAUCAAGACCAGAGGAGCUUACACUGGAUGAUUUUGUGAGACUGCAUAACUCCAUCGUGAAUACCUGACACGGAAAAUGCUACAAUCUCAAUUUCGAAGAAGCACAAGUAUAACAAGCACAGUGCGGUUCUUAAAAAUCUUCAGGUGGCAUUUGCUGCAGCAUUUUGUUGUAUACUAAGUAGUGAUCGGAGUUUUCGGCUGAUACAGGUUUUCAGAUCGAAGCUUUGAUUAGGAGUGUAAUAAUCUGCAAUUCCUGAUAAAGUUCAAACAUAGGAUCUCAGACACAGGCACAAAGUCCUGUCAAUCAAUUGUAUUUGUGUUUAUGCCCUAAUCUGUAAACUAUAAAUAUCAGCAACCAAUCAUGAUACUCUUGGUGGCAUGUAUUCAUAACCUUGCCAUGACUUUCUCUAGUCUUUAUCUGUAAUUUACCUGAAGCAUUUCGUUCUUCUGAGAUACAUAAUGUACGCCGAAAGUGUUUUAGCUAAAUUUCUUUGAAACGAGUUCAUAUUUAAUGUGGUCUA